UGAGGAAUUGGGACAGGCAAAGGGGUGUCCCUUGGAGUAAAGGGGUUGGACAGGGUGUACCUUGGGGUGAGGGAGUGGGCAGGGUGCCCUCUGUAGCGAGGGGUGGUACAGGAGACAGUGUGACCACUUAUAGUGAAGAGGGAACGGGGUAUGUUGUGGCCACUGUAGAUGUUCAUCUGUCCAUUGUGUCCAGGGGACAAGGUGACCUCUGCAGGGAGGGAGAGCCUUAGUGGGAAGGUGACCUCCAUAGUGAGGAUAACCAGGUAUCAGGGCCCCCACUGCUGAAUGGUUCAUUGGGGAAAUGUGUUUAUCCUGGUGAGUGUGUUCUGUAAUGGUUCAGAAGGGCAAGCUGUGCCUGAGAAAACUUAAGGACUUUUUUGCUCAAACCAAGUCUGCAAUGGGGUGGUGUUAGAGCUUGUUCCUGCCGCAUGUGGAUUCAGUAGGAUCUGAUCAACUGAGGUACAUUGCGUGAGAAAGGUAUAUCCAUAUCCUGGAGCCAUGGCAUGCACCUGUGGGAAUUGGAGACAGUGGAUCCGCCCCUUGGUUGUACUCCUGUACAUAGUGGGUGUGGUGGUUGCUAUUCCUCUCUGUGUCUGGGAGCUGCGAAAAUCUGAGGUUGGAACUCACAAUAAAGCAUGGUUCACGGCAGGUAUUUUUGUGUUUAUGACCAUUCCAAUAUCGCUUUGGGGCAUCUUGCAACAUUUAGUGCAUUAUACUCAACCAGAAUUACAGAAACCAAUAAUAAGGAUCCUGUGGAUGGUACCUAUUUAUAGUUUAGACAGUUGGAUAGCACUGAAAUACCCUCACAUUGCUAUAUAUGUUGAUACAUGUCGGGAAUGCUAUGAAGCAUAUGUCAUCUAUAAUUUCAUGAUCUUCCUACUGAGCUAUUUGACCUAUCAGUACCCAAACUUGGUGAUGCUACUGGAAGUUAAAGAUCAACAAAAACAUCUGCCCCCACUCUGCUGCUGUCCAUCUUGGCAUAUGGGAGAGGUGCUGCUGUUUAGGUGCAAGCUUGGAGUCCUGCAGUAUACAGUUGUCAGACCAUUUACAACAAUAAUUGCUUUAAUCUGCGAGCUCAUUGGAGUUUAUGAUGAAGGGAACUUCAGCUUCAAGAAUGCUUGGACGUACUUGGUUAUAAUUAACAAUCUUUCACAGCUAUUUGCCAUGUAUUGCCUUGUGUUAUUUUAUAAAGUGCUACGAAAUGAAUUGAACCCCAUCCAGCCAGUGGGCAAGUUUCUCUGUGUGAAACUGGUAGUCUUUGUAUCCUUCUGGCAAGCUGCCUUUAUUGCAUUACUUGUGAAAGUUGGGGUGAUAUCUGACAAACGCACAUGGGACUGGGAAAGUGUGGAAGCUGUGGCUACUGGUCUACAGGAUUUUGUAAUUUGUAUUGAAAUGUUCUUUGCCGCGAUUGGUCAUCAUUAUAGCUUUUCCUAUAAGCCCUAUGUACAGGAAGCUGAGGAAGGCUCCUGCUUGGAUUCAUUUCUUGCCAUGUGGGAUAUCUCUGACAUCAGAGCAGACAUAUCAGAACAAGUGCGGAACGUUGGAAGGACUGUGCUGGGUCGACCAAGGAAAACAAAUGUUACUGUAGAAGAAGAGCACAAUGAACAUACCAGCCUUCUCUCUUCAGCGAGCCAGGACCUGAAUUCUGACACCUCAUCUCUCCCACCUUCUCCAAUGGGAUACUAUCAAGGAUUUGGACAAACACAUGCAGCUCUUGCACCCCAUGAUUUACCAAAAGAGAGAGAAAAUGAAGAUGCCUUAAAUUCUGUGCCCAGCAAUUCACCAUAAAACUCCUGAUCAAGAUGUAUGCAUUGUUGCUUAAAUUAUGACCUCAAGUUUGCUUUAAAGCCACAUCCUCAGAUGGUACUAUGGAUAACCAGACUGAGCAUUAUGGAUGAACUCGACUUGAAAAAUUUAAAUAUAGAAAUCUAAUGCUGUAUAUUAAAAUAAGCAAACUGAUAAUGAUUGAUUAGUGUUGAACCAAUAUAUGUACAGAACUUUGUGGUUUUAAGAAAAGUCAUAUGAAAUAACUAACUGUAUUGUAUAGAAUGUCUGUAAUGGUUUUUAAUGGAAGAAAUUGCAAAAUGUUGUCCAAAGCAUUGCAGAAUUCAUCAAAUAUCUCCCAAAUUACUAAUUAAGGAACAUUAUUGCAGUCCAAAUUGGCUGAUGUACUCUUAAUCUUAAUAGUGGUAUGAUCCAGAACCAACCGGGGUAUUUUAUCUUGUUUGGUUUUGCUUUGUUUGGGAAAACAAUUUUAGGUAAUUCUUCAGGGAACGUAAAACAAGGCAAGGGACUACCUAAUUAAUGGUAGGUUACGGUACUGCAAGUAUAGCACAACAGUAGGACUUCAUGGCAACAGCUCCUGAAGGUAGCAAGAUAGGUAGAUAUGGUGUUUAAGGCAGCAUACGAGAUAUUUUCCUUUAGUGACAGAGACAUGGAAGACAUGCUAGAACUGUAAGAUAUCAUUCACAGCAGCAUAUGGUUCUGGUAACCACAUUACAGGAAGAAAAUGACAGUGGUAGGGAGGGUCAGUUGUGAAAGGAUCUUGCCAGAGACUGAAGUUUAGUGACGAGGUGAGAUUAACUAAUUUAAAUUUGCAUUUUUGGAACUGAAGAGACUGGGAUGUUAAAUGUUGUGAUAGGCUUGCGUAGGGUGGACCUAUUUCCCUUAACAGAGAAGUCAAUAAUUAGGGACUGCAAGUUUAGGGGGUUGGGUAGAAAGAUCAGUGGGCAUCUGUGGGGAGAAAGUGAAUGUUGUGAUAGAGUAAUGGUUUGGGGGGUGGGGGGGGAGCAGAAGGGGUUGGGUUUGGAGGGUCUGGAACUUGUACCUGAAUUUAAAAAGUAGUUGGAUAAGAUUUUGAUGUGUAGUCCCCUACAGGGCUACAAACCAGGAGCUGGAAGUAGCAUUAGUCAGAGUAAAAUACUGCCUUGACUAGUAUGGACAUGAUAGGCACAGGAGGCUGCCAUUCAGCCUUAAAUUUAUAUUGAGGCAUUUUUGAAUACAAUGGUUAUUCCUUCAGAUUCAGUAAGAUAUUGUUUGUUUUUUCUCUUCACUUUUAUUUCUUCACUGAGAAUUUUAUUUUAAAGGAGCAAUCUGCUCAAAAUUUGUCCUGGUCAUUAAUUUGAACAAUGGCUGAGGGAUCUUGUGCACAAAUUGAUUGUAAAUUUUUUUUGUCUACAUAACUGACUGAAAUUCCACAAAUCAUUCUUUGGGCUGUAAAUCAUUUUGGAAUAUCCAAAGCACGUCAAGAGCACUUUAUAAAUGUAAGUUCUGAUUUUACUUUUCAUUGGCUGAGUCUUCAAUACAUCCUGCAGUAUUUACUAUUUUUGUUUUUGCUCGACUUUAGCCAUUAGCUUCUCUCAUCACAUUUAUCCCUUUGGAGAAUAGUGCAAAGGAGAGGAAAGAAUCGCAACUGCUCAUAUUUUUAAAAUGCUUAACGUAGCAAGAUGUCCCAAGGUGUUCGAAACAUAAUCUGACUGGGGCAGCAACACACUUUCCAUUACUAUUAUCCCUUUUAUACUAGCUGGUGGGAAGCUUAAUCCUGCACAGUGUUGAGAGCUUUAUAGACUCAAACAUUGUGUUUAUUCAUGAGGAGGAUAGGGUAGAGGGACUAGGAGUGAGCACAGCCAUGUGAUGCUAGUAUUCCAUUGGAUAUUGAUCUGGGAAGCACCUUUAGGUAUAACACAAACACUGCAUGGUAUUCUAUUUUAAUAUUUUGAAGUGCAUUCUGCACACCCUAGGAAGAGUUUGUCCAAUGUGCAAGAUCUCCAGUUUGUUUUAUUACAGACCAUUGUAAAUCCAGGAGUUUAAUUUUUAAACAACACAUAGUCCACACCAUGUUUGUGAAGCCAAACUGAGCAGGACAAUGCUGCUAUAGUAAAGCAAGCAUUGUACCAAGACAAUGCUACUGUAAUAAAUCACUGACAUUACAUGUGUAGCAGCAGUAGGUUUGAUAAAUAUAUCCAAUAUAUUUAUUUCCUGUUGUCUUUCAAAUUUCUGAAAAAUUGCAGUUCCAAUAACUCUACAGCUGAAAACUAUUGUUGAUCUUGGGCCUAUUUUGAGACUUUUUUUGUUGCAUGGAUAUGAAAGAAAAAACAAUUAUAGUUGCUACUUCUGGACGGUCGCCUAUUCAAGAUUAAUACUGUAAGUAUAUUCUAACCACAUUUCAAAUCUGUGUAAAAUCAUGCAUUACAAUUGUUGCAAUGCUUAGUUGCAUUCAAAAAUGUACUUUUUCGGAUUUCUUCCUCAAUGCUGUAACUUGGAAAAGGUUGGGUGUGAAUCAGAAAAGUACGUAAUAGCUAUUCUAGUAUAAUAGUGUUUUAACAGUAAGAUUGAUUCAUCUGUCAAUGUAAAUUGUUAAAAUAGAAUUAUCACAUAGUAAACUGUCAGGUUUAUAAUAGGAAUAAAUUAAUAUUGCCUUGUAUAAAUCAAACUGACAAAUGGAAUAAACUGCUAAUCUGUCAAAUGUUGGGCAUUAUGCUCAGAAAUGAGUGAGAUAUCUUGCAAAUUUUGCUUAUUAAACUGCAUUUUAACAGAUCAAUUUGGGCAGUAGAAUCAAUUAAAUUUACAGAUUAUGUAAAAUUGUUUUCUAUGUUAAUCCCCAUGUUCAUUUGUUAAUUACAGGGGCUAUAUUUUAAGUGAUCCAAUCGGAACGGUAUAGAGUCUUCAAAACAACUUGACCUAGUAAUCAGAGUUGAUACACCGCUUAAUUUGAUAAUUACAUAUGCAACUAAAUGAAGUAAGGAUUGUUACUUUUCUUGAAAAUUAGCAAUUAGAAUAUCUUGUUAAAUUUGCAUGAAAACAUCAAAGUGAAUUUUUUGAUGUUUUACCUAUACGAAGAAUGAGAAAAAUAAACAUUUUGAUUUCUUU